UAUUUUCUGUUUUUUUUUUUUUUUCCUUUUGUUCUUCCAAUUCUUUUUGCUGUUUUUUUCCACUGUUUGUGGUGGAUUUGAUUCGAGAUCCGAAUGGUGUGCACCGGCAUUGUCGAGAUUCAUUGUGCUUGUGGCUCUCCUUCCGCAUUUUUAAGUCUGCGGAAGGGAAUUGAUGGUUUUUGUGAUGAGAUUCCUAUUGACUGACCACUGUCACUGUUUCUCAUGUGUUCCGGAAUUUUCGGUUGAAGCUGGAGAGUUUAAUGGACAUUUAUUUUUAUUCAGCUUUGCUUUUCGGUUUUUUGUUGAUCGCCCGUUCUCGUUACGUAGAAGCACAUGGGGUUCUUCUUCUUCUUCUUCUCUCUCACUUUUUCUUUUUUCAUUCCCGAUAAUAUGAAAAGUGAGCUGCUGGAAGGUGGAAAAUCUUUUACGAUUUGACAGCCGUGAAGCCAUAUGAGAAAUUAGGUUUCUGAGUCGUUCUCUGUUUGGAUCUGUCUUUAAUGCUAGUUUCUGAGCCCACCAAAUUCUUCCUUUGCUUCAGGUUGACGCUCCGGUGCAGAUCGUUUCCAGUGGGUUUUGCGUUAUUCUCUGAAGCUCAUAGACAUUUAGCUUCCAUACUCAUUGUCCCCGAAUUGAAAUGUUAGGCUUUGAAGGUCCUGGAACUAGUGAUGAAAUUAGAGAGAGCUUUGAAAAUUCUGAAGAUGAGAGACGGCUGUCCAAAAUUGGGAACCUCAAGAAAAAGGCAAUAAAUGCUUCCAAUAAAUUUACUCACUCUCUUAAGAAGAGAGGAAAGAGGAAAAUUGACUACAGGAUUCCUUCAGUACCCAUAGAGGAUGUACGAGAUGCAAAAGAGGAGAGUGCUGUCCAUGAAUUGCGUCAAAAACUUCUUGAGAGGAAUUUAUUACCUGUUAGGCUUGAUGAUUAUCAUACUUUACUGAGAUUUUUGAAAGCUAGAGAGUUUAACAUGGAAAAGACAAUCCGGAUGUGGGAAGAAAUGCUUAAUUGGAGAAAGGAAUAUGGAGCUGAUACUAUUCUAGAGGAUUUCGAAUUUGAAGAGCUUGAAGAGGUGUUGCAGUAUUAUCCUCAGGGAUAUCAUGGAGUUGAUAAAGAAGGCAGACCAGUUUACAUAGAGAGACUAGGAAAAGCCCAUCCAAGUAGGCUCAUGCAUAUCACCACGAUAGAUAGAUACUUGAAGUACCAUGUGCAAGAAUUUGAAAGGGCACUACAUGAAAAAUUCCCUGCUUGUACAAUUGCGUCUAAGAGAAGAAUCUGUUCAACGACAACAAUAUUAGAUGUGCAGGGCUUGGGCAUGAAAAAUUUCUCCCGCACUUCUGCAAAUCUCUUAGCUGCCAUGACAAAGAUAGACAGUUCUUACUAUCCUGAGACAUUACAUAGAAUGUAUAUCGUCAAUGCUGGGUCUGGUUUUAAGAAGAUGCUCUGGCCAGCUGCUCAGAAAUUUCUUGAUGUGAAGACUGUUUCCAAGAUUCAGGUUCUUGAAUCCAAGUCAAUUGGAAAGCUACUUGAAGUGAUUGAUUCAGAUCAGUUGCCAGAUUUCUUAGGUGGCUCAUGUACAUGUAGUGGCGUUGAGGGAGGAUGCCUUCGAUCUAAUAAAGGUCCUUGGAACGAUCUUGAUAUUAUGAAGGUUGUGCAUAAUGCAGGAGCCACCUUUGUAAGGCAAGGCCCAAAAGUGGGCAAGAAUGAAGCAAAAUGUGACUCCCGUGUUCAAAUGCCUUCAAUGAAGGGAAGAAAUAGUGAUACAUCAUUAGCGGAUUCAGGAUCAGAUCUUGAUGACCCGUAUUCCCCACUGGGGCGUGCUGGCUCUUUGGUUACUUGUUUGGCUCCCGUUCACGAAGAGCAUAGGACAGCAGAUCCAAAUGCUUACUACAGUUGUGAUGAUUUCCUACCGGCUAGUUCAGUAGCUGACAGUGCCGAAGGCAUUGGAGGUUCUCAGGGUCCAUCUCUUGAAAUAAUGGAGAAUGGAAAUUUCUUGAACAACGAAUCAUCGAACACAGAAGAUGUCAUAGAAAAUGAGCAUGAAAUUCUGAAACAAAAACUUGAGAAAAGAAACGUUCAGUCUAUGGGGAGAGUUCUUAUAUCAUUCUGGGUUAAAUUGGUAGCAGUUGUUCGUAGUUUACAGUUUCAGUUUUGGAAAAGACAGAACAACAUAUAUCCUUCUAACACAGUACACAUUACAAAUAACAAUGCUGCUGCAAUUCAAGUGGUAAACGAAGAAGAUUUCGUCGGUCCAUGUUUACAGCGUCUUGAAAGGCUAGAAAAAAUCUUCGUAGAACUGAGCAACAAGCCUGCUAAAAUUCCUUUAGAAAAAGAGCAUUUACUUACUGAAUCUUUGGACAGAAUCAAGUCAGUUGAAUUUGACCUGGAGAAAACGAAAAGAGCACUCCACGCUACUGUCUUAAAGCAACUUGAGGCUGGCGAGCUGCUAGAAAAAUUACGAGACUCCCAAUGUCAACAGAGAAGAUUUUUGUGUUAGGAUUGCAAAAUGGGAGGGUGAAAUGUAAAAAUGGGUCACAAAGCCUAUACAAAUAGAGUUGAAGGAAAAAAAGGCAGAAAGACAAAGGACGCACGCGGGAUUACAAAAUCCAAUGUUAGAUUGGUGGCGGCAAAUACAUAAGAAGCUAAAACAGAGAUAGAGAAAGAAGGAAGCAAAGUAUAGAACUCUUACUUUUUCACUCCCCUUUCUUUCUUUUGGUUGGAAUCACCUCUACCCUUUUACUUUUUUUACUUUUUUUUUUUUUCUUUUUACUUUUUCCAAUAUAUAUAAAUAUUAUAUAUAAAUAUAUCUUUUUUAGGAAAAAAGAAAAGAUAUAUAGGCAAAGGUCUGACAAAAUGUAUAGAAAAGGUGGGGGUAAUGUUUCCUGUAGAGAGUACAGGGUUUGGAGGUUCCCACUUCCCAGUACAGAAGAAAGAAAAAAGAAAGGAAAAGGGUGAAUAACGUAAUGUGGGCUUUGCAUUUGCAAUUACACUCAGCUUCUUCCAACUUCCAAGUAAUUUUUUAAAUGCUUUUUUUCUUUUUUCUUUUUUCUUUUUUCUUUUUGGUUUUUAAAAGAUGAAUCAUGAUGAUGUACUUGUAGAACAUUAGAUUAGACGAUGCCCUAUAAUCCCAACUUCUUACCAUUCUGUGAGAAUGAAAUAUGACUCUCUCUCUCUCUCAUUCUCUCUCUCUUGUUGUAUAUGGUUAAUCUAAUUCUACUCUUUUGUUUCA